CAGCUCGUGCAGGAGGGACUCUGAGAGCUCUCGCCCCUCAUGCUCAGUCUUCUCAGUUGUGCUGAGCAUGGGAGCCGCACACACGCAGUGGGGCGCCUGGGUCGGCAGAUCGGGGGCGAGGAGCCCGGCACAGGUGAGCAAACAGAGCUGCAUGAAAUGAGUUUUAAAGUUUGACAGACAGAGAGGGAAAAGAAACGUAUUCGAGACUUAAUCAAUCUUAAUCUGUUUUAUUUGAUGUUUUGAAUUGUUGGGUUUCACUUGUUGGUUCUACAAAAACUCUUUACUCAUUAAGUUUGUCUUUAUACAUUUCAAAUAAAUGCAGAUGUCAGUUUACUGUUUUAUUAGGAAGAGCACAGCAGUUUUGUUCGGUUAAUGUGGCUGAUGUGACAUUAAGACAUAACCUAUAUUUGGUUAUCAUAUGUUGUCAACAUCAUUGGUUGUCUUCAUGUUUCUGCUGUUUCUGCCAUCAUAUGGAUACACUUGCUUUAGUUUAUAAUUUUAAAAAGUAUUCAGCAUAUAUUUACACCACCCCAGAUGAUAUAUAUAUAUGUAUAUAUAUACAUAUAUACAUACACAUAAUAUAUACAUAUAAAUAUGCAUCAGCAUAGCAACUAUUUUUCUUUACGUUUGUGACAAGUACUGGCACUUUUUAACUGUGCACAGGUAGCUUUUAUCGAAGACAUUUCACAGAGGUAGAGGUUAGCGUUUAGAAAAAGUCAAUCUGUGUUAAGUGUCUGCACACAGCAAGUGUUUGAAGAACACUGAAAAGCCAAACUUAGGUUUUAUCACUUUUUUAUGAGAGGAGUGUUCAGGUUAGAUGAUGGGAGGGUAAACAUCUGUACAGUAUGCUCGAGAUAGGUCAGAUGAAGAGGGGGUGGGGUGGGAUUUAUGGGCAUCAGUCUUGUCAUUCCUGGGUCUGUUGGCCCCUUGAGGCAUCAGUGGAGAUAUUUUCCAUAGAAGUGUACAUUGGCUGUAAGGACAUGUGAAAAGGUCUGCUGUUGUUCAAUUAUCGUGAACACAGGGAAAUGAUUGCUGACCUUUCACGGCAGACAAGCUCCAAUUUCUCCAUCCUUGUUAUUACAUUAUUAUUGAGUUUGUUCCAACAAAACCAAAACUCAACGCAUACCGCACACAUAUAUACACAGCUCAUCUGUUAAUGCAGAAGCACUUUAGCUGGGGUACGAGGCUCUUUCUGCUGUGUGCUCAGCUGCCUUUUCACUGCAUACAUAGUGUAAGUGCUUUACAGGGGAGAUAACAACCCUAAUACUCUAUAGAUUGUGCUUUUUACACUGACCUGUAUUUGUGUGCAUGAUAGGCUGGAGAUAAGAAUGAAAACAGAGAAAUGGACAGAGAAAGGGAAGUUGACUUUUUUUUUGUUAUUUCUAAUAAAAGAAAAAAUAUACUUUAACCAUGACAGCAAACUUUCCUAUUUAUUUCAGCUAAGUAUGUCGUAUUGUUUGUAAAUUGUACAUGCUGUAUAUUAUUGCUGUUCAUGUACAUUUUUAUGGUAGGUAUCCUUAUGAGGUUUGUAGGUUUUAUAAAGUAUCAUAUUGAAUCUAAUAUAGUUUAUCACACCAGAUGCAGCGUUUUAAACAUCUCUAACAGAGUGGCGACAUCCAAAAGCAUUCAUCUCUGAUCAUAAAUCACUUUCAGCGCUUUCUCUUGACAGUAAUUUUAGUUUCAGUAAAUCUUGCUCAAACCAACACCAACUUUUGGCUGGUCAGCAUCACAAAACCUUCUAGAUGGGUUCCACACUGUGUGACCCUUUUCACAACACAGCAUUGAUCUUUUCAAGGAUUUAGAAAAAAAUAAGAUCCCGAUCACUCAUUUUCCCUGUAUGGGAAUAAAAUGUCCUAACUUUGUAACCUCAGGCUGCAUCAGAGAAAGAGGAGAUGAAUGAAAGACAAUACGAUGGGCACAUUUGCAACAAAAUCUGGAUCUUGAAACCUUAGAGGAAAUAAUGUCAACAGUAAAAAAUGCAUCUACCUUUACAGAAAGUUAAACCCAGAGAAGGUACAAAUCAGACACAAGCGAACAGCUACAGGCAGACUCAAGGCCCUGGUCAGUGUCCAGGUAUGAGUGUCUGGAAAUGAAUUAGGUGCUAAGAGAGUGAAUUUGAUAAAUCAAUUACCUGCUCCAGGCAAAAAAAAAAGCAAGAAUAUAACCAGUGUAGGGGAAAAAGCAGAGUUUGGGGGAUCAGCCUUGAUCUUUGAGUUUGCCAGAAGCGGUUCUUGUUCCCUGCAGUUGCCAACUGAGUUGUCGUUGUUAGCUGCUCCCAGUAGAUAUAAAAGAGCCACUGCCUUCAGGCUAAAUUUAGACCACCUGUAACCAACUCAUCAGGCGGAUUUCCAGGACCAAGUGUUUUUAAUCUUAUCUUUUAACCAACUGAAUGUCCAAAGAGAUAACAUUUGAGCAGACAUAAGCCAAGUCACUGUAGUGUUGUCGUUACUGCAGACAUCUCAACUGCAGCUAUGGAAGGAUAAUGCGUAGCUUGUAAGUUUUUAGAGUUUUAUCUGAUAUGACAAUAUCAGUCCCUGACAGUUGAAGUGUGUUUGUUUUUUUUAUCAAAGAGAAACAGUGAGCAUUUUUGGUAAGGCUGUGUGAUAAACUUUUAAAGCGACACAGCCAUGUGUAGUGAUCACAUGAUGCACAAUAUCAUGCAAGUCAACUGAAGAUGGGAAGUUGUGACUUAUUUUGCUAUUUGGUGCAAAGUGACACCAUACACCUAAUUUUGUUCUCAUUUUGUACCUGGAAUGAUGGAAACACCAUCCCAUUUUUUGCUCUGAAACCAUUCGGUCGCACCAUGUUACAGUAUUGUAUUUUUUAUGUCCUUUCUUUGGCUGUCAAGGUUUUCUUUGCUACCUGGUGUUCUAGCAAUGCAUUUUUGCUGUUGAACUUCCAGACUAAAGCCCAGUGUGCAAACUCUUGAGCAUUCGCCGAACACUCAGGCCAGUUUCAGUCCGUUAGAACUGAAUACUAGAGAGAGAAAAUCCAACCACAUUUAUGAGGUUUGUGAGUCUGACUGUGAGCGGUCAGACUUACAUGUAUAUAAAAAGUCCAAUUACAGUCACAUAACUCAAUAAAUUGACCUUUAUGAACAACAUAUAAACAUACCGAGCGAUGAUAUUUGCCUUUCUUUUGAAAAGUCGGUGUCUAGGUUAAGAUUUGAAAUGAUGAUAAGCCACAAAGGAUAAUUGACAAUAAGGACAAACUGCUGAAAAAAAAUUCUAGUUCGUUAAGCUGCAAAAAUCUGUGCCAGGUGUUUUUUUUUAGUAUUUUUUAUAAUAAAAAGAAAUCAACAUUGUAAAGUGUAUAGCUGUGUUUUAUUAGUAUGCACUGCAUGCAAUGAGCUUAAUUUUUUUGUUUUGGGGAUAAUGUUAUUUGGUAAAUAUUUAAUGUAAAUUAGCCUACUGCAUUCUUGACACACUGUCUUAAAUGUGUUUAAAGGAUGAUUUCCCAGCAGUGAGUGUGCAGCAGGAGAAAUCGGUGUGGACAGUGGUGCUGUGAAAUAGUGGAAAACUGAUUAGUCCUCACUAAAUCCAUGGGGAGGCACACAGUGGGUGAUGGCCUUGGGUAGAGGCCUUAUUUCCACAGCCUGCCUGGUUUUCACAUUUGUGCUCAUUUAACUUUGCAUGUGUGUGCACUUCCACACAUCCUUGUGUGUUAUUCACUUUUUUCCCCGUUUACCCCCUUCAUCAAGUGAGCUGGCACUUUUAUUGUGACGAGCGCUGUACGCUAAAUUACCCACUCACAACCCAUUACCCUCACCCACACAGCUUUAUUCAGAAGACACGCUCCAUUCGCUUACGGUUGCAUCUUGCUCCAGUCAUGCAUGCAGAAAAGGCUGGUGUGUGAUUUGGUCCAUCCCUGAGAGCAUAUGGAAAAAUCAGAACCUCUACGCCAAGGGAGGGAAAGAGUAGAGUUUUUGUGAAUUCAAUAAUCACAGCUGACACUCUUGAUCACAGGAUAUGGUUUUGAUCAACCCUGCUGAAGUGGAUUUUGCAUACAGACUGAAGAUAAGAUCUUUUCUGUCCAUCAACUCGAGAUUGGUUCUUUACAACAACACAUCUCUUCAAGUGUCCAUACUAAGGGUGCCAGAUAUCAUGUCAGUGAUGAAAAAUUUCAGUAUUUCAAAUUUUAGACUUGUUUAGCUUCUGUUUUGAAGAAGCAAUUGUAAUUACUCCUGUCAGUGUAAGUAAAGGUCUUAAAAGUCUUACCCAGCUUAAGAAAAGAUUCGUUAUAAGUUCAUUUACCAACCUCAGGUAAUAUAAAGUUGAAAAUUGAUAAAUAAAUCUUUUGAAGUGAGACAUUCAGGGGAGUGAGUGACAUUUUCCAUGUCUAGAGAGGCACCAUGAGGAGCAAAACCUGCUGGAGAACCCAGAAAUGAAGGAUUUAUGACCAGCCUGGCAGAGAACUUUGGGGAAUACUUUGAAAACUCCGCUAAACUCUCAGCUGACCUGCUUUUUCUGAGACACCCGUGCACCGUCUCUGUGGGCAGCCAGUGGACCGCAGAGGCCUAGAGACUGGUGCCUACCAUCGAUGCAGUGAGAUUGUGUAGAUGAGAACGGCUGAAACACAAGAACUGUGAGGUGACAGACUUUUGAUCAAACAAAAUCAGUUUAAAAACACAAGAGCGGUUACACAGAUCCUGCUUACGAUGUUCCUCUCCACCUACGUGUGCGAGUCCUCAAUUUUAUCAAUGAACUCCAUCAAGAAUCAGACAAGAAACAGCCUGACCAGCACACACCUGGGGCAGUGUCUCAGGAUUGCAACAACAGGGUACCAGCCAAACUUUAGAAAUAUGGCUGCAUCCAAUUGCUGUCACUUCUCUCAUUAAUGGGUGAGGCAGAGACAUUUUAAUGACACUUAUAAAAGGUAUGUGCUUUAAUGUUAUGUGUGCAAAAGUGGUUCCUGAGCUUAUCUGUUUGAUCCCUAUCCCUGACACUCAUCGUGUGUGUGUCUUUGUGCGAGGACAGACAGGAGGUGUUAGUGUGUUAGAUGAAGGUGAAGAAAAGAGAGAAAGAUUGAAAGGUUAAAGCGACUUGAGGGCAGACAGUUUUUGCAGUCCAGGCCUGUCCAGACCCAUUGAAAAUGUGCGGCUCAUUAUGAAGUGCGAAAUACCACAAGGGAACCUGGACUAAAGUGGUCCAUCAAGCCAGAAUGGGAAAGAAUUCCACCUCCAGAGAAUCAAGUGUCAGUGUCCUCAGUUCACAAACGCUUUUACACAAUUUUACACAACGCCCCACCUUUAUUGCAAUUGGUGUUAAUUGGCGUAAAAAUGAAAUGGAGAAAAAAGUCUGUUAUGGUGGCAGCUUUACUCUGACAUUCAUGAUAAAAGGUUACGGUUGAAACUGUUGAAGUUUGGGAGGUUUUUCUUUGCCACCGUAACCUUCCCAAUACUGCAAAGUGCUUCAUUUAUGUUAGUUAAAGCCAUCUCAAAGUUGGGUCUUUGUAAUACAUUAAACAAUGAGUUAGACCUGCUCUUUUAGAAAGUGUCCUCGGGUAACAAUUGUUGUGAUUCAUUGAUUGAUUAAUUGAUUUGACCUUUGAGUAUUUAAAAGCAACAGCCACAUUUUUUUUUUAAUUCAGUUUCAUGAUUUUGUCCGUUGUUGCAUUAGACUGUAUUCUGUAGAACCCAGCAAAUAGAUCUGUAUAGGGAAGAGUUUUAGGGCUGGAAAAAUAAAAAAAACAAGAGGAAGAUUUCUUUAUAUCAUGCACUUUGGGAACAAAGCGAAAAAAAACGAACUUGGUUUCGACGAUAAAAAUAUUUUAAAAAACUGCCAUUGCUUAUUGUUUUAUUUUCAACAUGCUGUAGAGCCAUGGUCUUUCUGCUUCUAACUGAUCGGAAUCUAAAAACAAAAAUUUAUUCUCUGCCAUCCAUGCGAUUAUAAAGAAAAGAAGUAAAGGCUUAAGUUCAUCAUUGUGGUGACUUUGAUGACUGAAAAACUGAAAGCAAUACAUCUGUCAACUUCACUGCAGUUGGUAUAAAGCUAUGGGUUUGGGGGUUAAUCAGAUUUCAGUUUCAAUCACGAUUAUGGCUCCCCCGUGAUCAUAAAAAUGUGAUUAAUUGAGACUGAAUGAUUUUGUGCCAUCUGCCUAGUUUUCCUAUAAUGUCCUUUACAUUGUAAGAAGUCCCCCUCUUUUCUGUGGGCCUGGCCUUUUCCCUUAAACAGCUCUCACUUUUACUCAGUCAUAAGCAGCUUAGAUCAAUCUAGAACAUAGUUCGGUGUGUCUCCUGUCAAGAUCGUAAGAUCAAACGUUACUCUCAAAGAUUCUUACAAGCAAGAGUGUGCUUUUUUUUUAAUUUACAAGUUUUCUUUAAAUUUAUGCACAAAAUGUCAAAUCAAUACCAAUGUGGCGUUCAGAUAAAUUCUGAUUACUGUCCACUCACCCCUGAUAAAUACUCCAGUAUUUGCACUUUUCAGGAGUUCCAUUGUGGUUGCUCUCACUGUUUCAUGUGUAGAAGGUCCUGCAUGUAUAAUGACGCCAUUGUUCCCUGUGACAACAAGGCAUCUAACUCGUCACAACAUGUCAACGUGAGGACAUCCUUUAGACCCAAGUCUCACAGAGUUGACAGGCCUGCACUCAGAUGGCUUCAUGUGAUUUGUGCAAUUUCCAAAAUAGUGCUCUGCUGGCUUUGAAUGCACCAGAAUUUGGAGCUCAAAGGUGGAAGCUCAGACUCGAUGUACAUAAGUGAUACUUGGAUUAAGUCGGAUUUGGAGCGCACACUGCUCCUGACUUGGCAGCAGAGCCAUCGUGGAGUUUUAUAAUGUGAGAUAUUCCAGUAAAAAAGGCAGUGGUGCUGUUAUGUUCCAUCACAGUGGCUUUGGUGUACGUGUAGGGACAGAAAAAGCACACAAAACAAUAAUAGUAAUGCAUCAUUUCAGACCUUUUUUUGGAUAUCGAUAGCCCUGCUUAUUACAUAAAAAAAAAACUCAUGAUUUUUAUAUCCAUUUUAACGAAAGCAAUGUUUAAGUUAAGGGGAUAUUCCAUUGUAAGAUAUGGUCAAACACACCGUAACACUGAGUUAGACACCCCCCUGACAGAUGAAUGUUGCUGACUGCUUGCUUCUCUAGUUAUAACAACUUUAGCAACAACCGCAUGAUAGCAAUACACAGCCGUCUACAUCUCCACGCACAAACCUCAACCAAAAAGCCUCUCUAUAGCCACAAAUAAUGCUCAGAACAGCACCUAACUUCAUCAACAGUACAUAUAGGGUCCCAGCCAUAGUUCUAGCCCUCAAACAUAUUUUUAGCUUUGCCUGAUUUCUUUAGCAAAGAGACUCAACACAACUCACCCGCUCUCCUCCAGCAGCCGCUUGUUUGUGGGGGAGCCCUGACGAGUCGAUCACCGAGUGCAUAACUUAAACUUUCGCCGGAAUAUCCCUUUAAGUAGUACCCUAACAUUGACUGUAAGACUAUUGAUUUGAUUAACAGUUGAUAACUGGACCUUACAAGUUAAGAAGUAGUUGCCUGUGAUGAAGAUUCACAGCAAGCAACAAAGAUGGAAGUAUUGAAACUUUAAGUUCACCGCUUAAAGUUAUUAUCCACAGAGGCUCUUUUGAUAUCAAAUAAUUUUGACGGUCUCUUCACUCUAAAUUCCAGAAUUUAAGUGUUAUUGAUUAGACAAGACUAUUUUGUGGUUAUUGAUGGCUUAGCCUAAUUAGUUCUUGAUCAGAGUGGGAAUUUUCUGCUGCUCAUUUCAGGUAAUAAAACAAGGAAUCAAAAAUACCAGCUCUUUUGAAGAGCCUGCAUUGUGGAGCACUUACUUCACAGUCUUACCCAUAAUGUAUUAUUUUCCAUCUGCUACAAAGUGAAGAAAUACAGUUUAUGGAAGGACACAGAACAUCACCUGCUGAGUAAAAAGUGAUUUUCAGAAUACACUCAAUUUCUGUGUGAAGGACGUUUUUUAACUGCAUUCUGUGCACAGGUAUUCAUAUACAUAAGAUAUAGACUAAAAACAAGUAGAUGUGCAAAUGUUCGUAUAAUAAAAACCCUUAUUACGCUUUUAACCAGGUUCUCAGGGCUCAAAUUUUUGUCUUAACUUUAAUCCUAGCCCUUAAAUAUGAUUAAUCAAUAACAGUUGUAGUUUGCUCAAGAAUGAGGCCCACUUACUCAAACAUUUCAAAUUACAAGAGGAUAGUCUGCAGAACAUGAUACCCCUCAGUCUCCUUGGCAACGGGACCAAAGCAGACUCCUCCUCCUCCUCAUACAAACAAACAAAAAUGCAUAUGAGCACACGCACAGUUCAGCCUUCUCACAAUCUGAGGUGUGAGAUUAUGUGAGAAGUAUUUAUUUCCCACCUGACGAGAAAAAAAAAGUGGCAACUUAAAGAACAUUUAAUUUCUGCAAUUAAUUUGUUAAAAAAUAAAAGUAACACAAUCAACACCAAACACUACUGUUCGACUAAAUCUGAUUUUAAUACUUUUACACUUUAGGAACUCUAAGAAUGAUCCUGGCAUGCACAAGAGUCUGCACAUGAGGAUGUUUCUUGUUCAGGUUUUUUAAUUAUUUGAUGACUAUUGUUUACACAGUGUCAUUUUUUGCAUGCAUGUGUGUGCAUACUUCAGUAUAGGGCUGCAGAAAGAAGUGCUGUACCCUCUAGAUUAAAACAAUUAUGUUAAAUGUAAUUAUGGAAUAAAGAACACCCAAGAGUGAUUAAAUCAAGGUUACAGAAUAGAAGCAGGACACGCUCCAGUCCUGGUGUAAAGAUCGUAAUAGCUUCAGUAUCCCCUCGGUGUAACCUUGAGCAGAAUUUAAGAGUUGGAGUUUAAUGUGUCAGAAAUAGUCGUCUUUAUUCUUGUAACAGUCUAUGUCUGGUAUGUCUUUGUUGCUCCCACUUGCCAUUGUUUGAAUGUGCAUUUUUAAUUACACACUCUCACACCUUCAACAGCACAGGCUGGCACAAACCAUCCACACAAAUCUGACUGAUGUUCAAAGAAAUGCAGAUCUGAUCAUGAUAAACCACUAAAAGAAACAUCUUUCCCUGAUUUUUCUUUGACAUGAACAAUCUUAUCUUGAUGUAUGUGGUCAGGUUUCAGACUUAGAUCAGGUAGGCAGUUUGUACAGAUCAGGAAGUAUCCCAGAUGGCAAGUGAGCAUCUUCUAAUUACAGCUUACAUCAGAUGAGUCAGUCAACCCUCCUACAUCAUCUGUCUGCCUGCUUGUUGUUGUUUAUCUGUCAUUCUCAAUUCACAUCUAUCUAUCUAUCUAUGUAUCUAUCUAUGUAUGUAUCUAUCUAUCUAUCUAUCUAUCUAUCUAUCUAUCUAUCUAUCUAUCUAUCUAUCUAUCUAUCUAUCUAUCUAUCUAUCUAUCUAUCUAUCUAUCUAUCUAUCUAUCUAUCUAUCUAUCUAUCUAUCUAUCUAACAAUAUUUGAUCUGGUGAUAUAUCAUAUCCCCUCAUCCACCAAUUAUUGAUUUCUUAAUAUUGAAUCGUGGUCCAAGUAUCAUGAUAAUAUGGUAUCAUGAGGCCACUCGUGAUUCCCAUUCAUUUAUUCAUUCAUUCAUCCAUCCUGUCUGAUUUUAUCUCAGGCACUCAAGUGAUAAACAAUGCUGAUGCCAAGCUGAAUCUGAAUCUGUGAAACUUUAUCAGUUGCACUGCACCAGGUACAGGCACUUCUAGUGCAGAUCCCUUCCAGUUUAAACCAGUUUAUCUAUUUAUAGUUAUUUUUUAGGUAAUUUUUGUAUUUUUGACCGCUGAAGAGAGGGAGGAUACUGGGAAAAAAUAAGUGUGGUAUAUAUAUAUGCAUGCUCACUUGAACCACUUGGCUUAACUACAUGAGUUUGUGCUUUUAAGAGCUUUGAUCGUGGCUUAAACUAGAGAUGAAGAGGAGUACUUGAGUAUUCGAGAACUCGUCAAUGUCAUUACUCGAGUGCUGCAUCGUGCAUGCAUUGUUUUUGGCUUCAGUACCAUGACUCUGUUAGCUAACUGAGGUUUAUGCACCAUGUGAGCCGGGACCAGGAAAAGUGAUGUGCAAAAAAAAGGAUGACGAUAUUUGGACGAGUUCGAUAGAUGAUAGGCAGACUCACGUCACAGCAUUUUCUCACUCUGUUAGUAGAUACUGGUGUGAUGAUACCAGAGCAGAAAAGAGUAGCCCGUUAACGAAAACGGUGACUGGAGACAUGAGAAGACCACUGUGCUUCACACAUGCAGUCCAGAUGAACGGCAUACCCCAGAAAACUUUAAAAAAACUGUAAAAUAUGUCGUAAAUAAUUUUCCUGUACUCAGUUAAUCUAUGUUAAAGUAUUUUGAUUACUCAAACAUGGGGACUAUACCAAAAAGGCACAUCCCUAGUUUAAAUUCAGAUGGGGAAUUAAUUUACCUUUACUAAUAAAGUUUCAUACUCCAAAGUCUGUUCACAAAUCGAGACAACAAGGAAGGUCACAAAAAGUCAAGUUUUACAUAAUGCUGAUGCUGCUGAGGGCAGGCUGUCUGUUCUAAAGGUGUGGUUUUUUGCAUGUUUCCAGAGAGGGGGGAGUUGAAGCAUGAGUCAAGGGUGUGGCAGAGUCUGUUUGCUUUGGUCAGUACUCUGCACAUUUAGGUAGUGUGACUGGUUAUCAGAUAGAGAAACAGGAUUUGUAGAAUAAAUGUUUGUGAUUUUGAAGAUAAUGUUUGGAUGACGCUGAAAAAUAAAUAAGUGGUUUGACAGUAGGCCACUAUAGUCGCAGAGACCUACAUUGAAAUAAUUCAGAUCUUUUUUUUAUUAUUUAUUUAUUUAGACAAUAAUAAUUUAUAUGAGCAGUAGACAAGAAUAACCGUUCCUCUUCUUGACCUUUUCUAUCCUGAGUCCACUCUGUCCAGUUUAGUUCUGUGUCAGUCACACGUGAAAUUCACACGGUAAGCUGUGAAAAUACGCCUCCCUGGACGCACAUCAGACAGGAGUUCUGCAGCGGUCUGUCAGGAAGACGGUUCUGCCACUUUCUCAUUCUCUGUCUCUUCCUUUUCAUGAAUCAACGAGGUUCAGAUUGAAUAAAUAUUUUUUUCAUUCCUUUGAAUCAAGUGUGUUGGCUAUUGAAUGAGCAGAGAAAAAGUGGGCUAUCGAUCUCCAUCUCUGACAUUUCAUUUUCUUCACAUUGAGUCUGAUCAGUGUUUUUGUGUCAAGGUCAGUCAUUUGUUUAGAGGGAGAAGGUCACCUCUUCUGAUGUUUGAGUACUGCUUAUUGAAUGGCUGUGUGGAGGUGUGAAUUUACCCAAGAUGGCACCUCAUUGUUCAUUAAGUACAAGAAAUUAAGUCAUUAACAAUUAAUUUAAAUCACCAAGUGACACAAAUUGAUUCAACUGAGGGAGAGACUCUGCAAUGUUUUCACAUUUCUCUACUUGGACUUUUGUAAGAUGUGAGAUUUCAUGUUGUACCGCAAUACUGGAAUUGAAAGGCUAACAAAAUAUCUCUGUGUUAGAGUCUCGUAGAAAAUACCACUCAACAACAACAUACAUUUUCACACCCCAGAUAUAACAGCAACAUCAGCUGGACAUGUCGGAGCUGGAAUCUCUGACUUUUUAUUGUCUCUAAAGAGCAGCAGAAAAAUUGAGACCAGUCCAGUGGACCUCAGUGUCUUUGUUAUAAGACAAAUAAAGAAAGUGUCCACCGAGACUCAGUCAGGUGAUCGAUGUGUGCUAAAAGAACAAGAGCAGGAGAAAACUUAAAGGUGAUCUGACCCUGAGGUGUUACAGCCAACAAUGACUCAGCGCAUGACAUGGACAUGAUAUUUACGGUGAGGACUACAUGAUGUUCCUUCAGUCAUAUGGUGAUGUGACUGAAGGAGGAACAUGAUGUUGUCGAUAGGAUCACCUCCUGUCAUAAUCUGUCUAAAGGUGUUAUUGACUCUUGAGUGCAGUAAGACCAGACAACUGUCAUAAAACUGCAGAGACAUAGGCACUUAAAGCUGAUAAGGCCUCUGCAACUGGACCUGCAAACACAUAUUUGCUGUUGCACUAAACUUAAACUUACUGUCAGUCUUUCUGUUGGGGGUCAGCUUUUACACAAGUCAAACUUACAGUAAGUUGUUGUAAAUACCAACAGAAACAGGAUGUCCUGUUGAGUUAACAGGAAGCAAUGAAUUUCUGUUGAUUGUAUUAAAACAUACACUAUGAUACUGAUAUCAAAACCAAUCCAAGUGCAUCUUGAAUCUUCUAUUUUAGUGAAAAGCAGGUUAUCAAAAGCAACGAGUUCAGUCCUUUUUUAUGUAGAGUGUCUUUAACUUUGGGAGGUCCCCGCUAUAUUUCUUAGCCUGGUCAAAGUAAGCGAAGUAGAGACGACUGGAAAGUUUUUGUUCUUGCCUUUUAGAAACAUUGGUGCUUCAGAAUGAUGGUUUUAAAAAUGCAUGAUUUAAGCGGUAUAAGACGAUUUAUUUUGCUCCCCCUAUCACCUGUGUUUCACAAACGUAUUAAGCUUCAUGUACCCCAUGUGUUGGCUGUAGGGAUAGGCGAUACUGGCUAAGAAAUUUAUCACAAUAAGAUUUUCCAUUCUGGCGAUAACGAUAAAAGUCCUGAUAAAAAAUAUUGUAAUUCCAGUCUAUAUUUUUGACUCAUUUUGUCUUGAGAACACCAGUUGGAGAAGUCAAAUGAGAUACUUAACCACAAGUUUGAGUGAUAGGUUAUAGAGAAAAAUGAUAUCAAACAAGUCUGAAAUGUGAAAACAUUUGUUGAAAACUCUGAUUGCACAGAGUGAACAGCAGCAGCAGAUCCACUGUUGGACGUCAGGCAGACCUGGUUGCACUCAGCUAAACCUCAAUCUUGAAGGAAAUCCCUCGUGCGGAGCCUCGAGCUGCUCAGAAACGUCUUCUUCAAUACUUUCAUUAUGGCCAUGUUUGUUUGUUAUUCUGCUUUACUCUGCCUCAGAGUCUGGCGCUCACGCUCACAUCAUCAACUUGCAUUUAUCGUAUUUAUCAUGAGUUGGCAAAUAUUUAUCAUGGAGGAUUUUUCUGACGCUUUGUCGUGAAUGAUAAUUUAUGGCCCAUUCCUUGUUGGCAAAUAUUCUUGCAAAAACAAAGACGAGAUAAGUUAAACGUUCUUUGAUUUUCCUUCUCAGAAGAACUCUGGGGAAAAGGGGUUUGGAUUUAUUUGAACAAAUAGUUCUUCCUGGUUCGGGUCUUUAGCACUUGAGUUUUGUCUACAGAUAGGGUUAUCCAAAGAAAAGAGAUCAGUUCUCUCAUCAACACUGGUUUUCAGACUGGACUUGCUUGCUCCCUUCUGCAUGUAAACUCUCCUCCAACUGCUUGUCCCUUUCCUUGUGGACCUGCUAGAUAAUACCUCUCCUAAUGAACUGCUGGGCUGCAGGUGUGUCCACUGCAAUGAGCCCAGCGGCUGCAGCACCUGAACUGAGAAUAAAACUCCAUCUACCACCUCCUUCAACCUGAGCCUGUGCUGUGUUGCAGGGGCUGUUUCCCUGGUUUGCCACAUGAUGUAUAGAAUCAUGCAUUUAAUUCUUGCUGAUGACAUAAACAUCAGUGAUGUCCUUAAAUCUGUUGUAUAUAUAAUUGUAUUUAUAUUCUCUAUCAAUUUAUUAGAAAUGACACUACAGGAACCUUCAUUUGUCAACUUAGCUUUUAUCGAAUCAUCUUCUCAGCGCUUAAUAAUGAUAACAGAUUCCCUUAGAAAACUAAGCACUCAGACAUAAAUCUUUGUCGUUAAAUCCAACCGUAAUAACAGAGAGCAUGUUUGAAAGAAUCAUACAUAUAUUUUGACUUUUAGUUUGACCCAUGUCUCAUCUGUUUACUUGGAGGAGGCAGGGUUUAUUACCUAAACUGCAGCCAGCCAGUUAGUAAGCCAGCUCUAAAUAUUUUGGCUUCACCGUCUGUAAACACUUGUAGUGUCCAUUUCAAUACAGUCGAAGGUCUGAUUGCAGUCAUAUCCACCAUCUCCAGCAGCACACAGGAAAACCAGGAUCUGUUUUAUCCUCUAAGAUGCUGCUCAGAGGUUGAUGUCUGACCUUUGAUCGCCCUCGACAGAGAAAUAAGAAAGGAGAAUUUCUCUUGUAGCAGUCACUUUAGUCUUGUGUUAUCAUUGGGUUACAAAGACAAACUAACAUACUGAUGGGAUCUGGCAGAGACAGCUGCUGCCUGUUGAAGCAUGUUUGUCUUAUAAAUAUCACACACUUUCAAGCUGUGAUCCAGUUACUUAUUUGAGGAACAAAUACCACAUUUUUGGCGCCUUGAUGCUCUCACUACACGGACAAACAAGAGGAAAAUCCAGCCCCUUUGUACGCACAAGCUGGCUUCUAUUUUUGGUAAACUGCAGAUUUGUUCCAACAGACUACACAAUCACAUCUUGAAUGUGUUUUAUGUGUGUCAACAGGGCCAGAGAAGGGGGUGAUGAGGACUCUUAAUGCAGAUGACCAGUGAUGGCCACAGCAUCUCCUCAACAGUAAGUACAGAAUUAAAAUUCUAUUAUUCAUGCCAAAAAAGGAAAUGCAGACUACACCUUUAUGCAGAUUUAAUCUUUCUUAAUCUGCUCCAAAAUGUCAAAUCAAAACGCUGACUAACAACAUUUGUCUUUUAUUUUUUUAGUUUGUUGGAUGAAGUAGUAAACCCUGGCCAACAACAGGAACAUCAGCAGCAGCAGCAGGAGUUUCUUGCUUCACUGGAAACAAUUGUCCUCACCAUCUUUCUGUCCAUCAUUAUCAUCAUGACAGUAUUUGGUAACCUGCUGGUAAUGGUGGCACUCUGUAAGGACAGACAUCUUCGGUGAGUCUUUUUGUGUGCUUGGAGAGGUCGUACAGAUCCUCUGAAAUAGAGAUAACAGUGAGGCUUUGUUUCUGAUGCACAGAAACCCACAUGUUCCUGUAAGGUUCACAAAGAACCUUUUUAGGACUUCUUAAAGUUACAGAGUCAAACCUCAAAGUUAUGCUAAACAUGAUACAGUUCUGAGCAUAGUGCACAACUUUAUAAAAUGCUUUUUCUACACGUAUUUUAAUCUCAUACUUGUUUCAUUUAAUCUGUUUUUCUAUCAGAAAGAAGAAGACAAACUACUUCAUUGUGUCACUGGCGUUUGCUGACCUCCUGGUUGCUGUGGUGGUGAUGCCAUUUGCUGCAAUCGAGCUGACCACCGGCCAGUGGCACUACGGAGAGAUUUUCUGCCUGGUACGAACCUCUCUGGAUGUCCUGUUGACUACAGCAUCCAUCCUGCACCUCUGCUGCAUUGCUCUGGACAGGUUCGUUUGUCUGUUUUUGCCUUUCGUUAUCAUGGAGGCAUAUGAGCUUUAUGACUGACGGAUGAAAUUAUUUUUAAAGAUUCAUACUCCAAAGAUAUGAAUUAAACUGCAGAAAGUGCAAUAUUUAAAUGUUCAUGUUCAUGUUUGUGUAAUUACAGGUAUUAUGCUAUCUGCUGCCAGCCCCUGGUCUAUAGACACAAGAUGACUCCCAUCAGAGUGGCAGUGAUGCUCAGUGGCUGCUGGCUUAUCCCCACAUUCAUCUCCUUUCUACCCAUAAUGCAAAGCUGGAAUGCCAUCGGCAUUGAGGAUAUUGUAAGUCACAUAACUAAGAAUAGAAACCAAGGAGUGGAUGUGCUGUCGUACAGUAAUGAGCUGGAAAUAACAUUAUUUUUUCAUAAAAAAGAGCUUGUAAUUUGAUCAGUUCCUUUAUAUAUUUUUCUUUACUUAGUUUAUAAAAGGUUUUACUAAGAAGAGGUUAUUUACUAAAGGCCUAAAGAGAGAGAUGUUCUCCAUGUGAAGGCAAAUACAUCAUAAACCUCUCCAACCUCAUACUCCCUCUUUCUAAUAACUUCUACAAUCCCUUGCACAAUGACGAGGUAAUACUGAGAUCCAGGUUCCAGUGGAAGCUCUCUUGCUGCGAGCAAAGACAGGAGUGCAACAAGGUUUUUUUUUUUGCUGGUUUGGCUUUGUUUGGUGCAAGGUUAUCUCAGAGCUACCUUAAAAUGAGCUGCAAGACUCCCAGAGGCAGAAGGGAUAGAUGACUUUAUUCAGCCAGGGCUAAUGAAAUGCACAGUUCCUUCUAUUUCAGGAAGACGGCAUCAAAACAGUCAUGGAUUUAUGAAGCUUUACGUCGCAAAAAAGCUUUAAAAUGACUUAUUGUCUGUAAAUGAAGGUCAGGUUUGAGUUGAAAUUGUUGUGUGUUUGUUUGACUCUCUGCCCUAAGAAGAGCUCCAGCAAUGUCCUUGUUCUCAAAGACACCAGAUUUAUGUAGAAUAUCAACACAACAGAAAUCAUGGUAUCACACCAUCAAAAGAGUGUUUAAUUGUCAAAAAAGCUUUUGUCCUCUCGAGGAUUGUAAAGGAUUGCACAGGGACUGCAGGAGUUGGAGCAGCAGGCCUAACAGCAGUAAUUUUUCAACGUUUCAUGCAGUUUCACCUUGUUGCAAAACAGUCACAAACAGAGAAGUAAUGAUUACUUCUAGUAGAUCUGGAAAGACAUGUACUUAGGAGUCAUAGACUCAAGAGCUGUGUCCAAAAUAGGGACUACAGCCUUUAAAGGUAGGGUGACCAUAUUCUGAAUCCCCAAAAAGAGGACACUGCUACGGGCGGAGUCGUGUGCUAAAUUUUGAGGGUUUUGCAGGUUGAAUGUUUUUUUGCGUGCUCCUAACUCAGUUAGUCCACGCUACACAAACUCAAAACUUCCAUACAUUUGAAGGAUUUUAUAAACUUCCCCCAGACAGGUCAGACAGUCCCCCAAGUUAGCGGACAUGUUCGGGUAAAAGAGAACAUAUGGUCACCCUAUCCAAAGAGCCUAGCCUUUGAAGGACUUGGUCGCUGUGAUCUGUGUACACCAGUCAGACCAAACUGAACUGAGAGGGCCUACUCUUUAGAGAUUGUGUUCAUGUCACUUCCUGACAAUAGUGUCAUGUAGUGUAGCAUAGGAUAGCUAACCAGCUAUCAAACACCAUCACCAACAUUUCAAAGAUAAUCUACGGUUUUAAUGAAUUUGUGAAGUUGUGAAGUUAAUGAAUUAAAUGAAGUUCAUACCAAAUACUGUUAUUCAACAAUGUAUUACUCAGCAGUUAGAGAGUCUGCUGCCUCAACUGUAUUGGGGCUCAGAGAAUUAUUGGACAAAUGGAGCUGUGCAAGAUGCUCCUAAUCCAGUCUCCAUGGCCAGGAAAAGUUUGACACGUUUGCAGUCCAGGUUUGGAGGAGUCUUUGUAAUGGGAAUGCCUCUGUGACACAUUUGGUCUUCAUAUGUGGCCUUUAAAGUCUGGAGGCCCUGAAACAAGCUUAUUAUUAAAUUUGAACUUCUUGCAUCUUUAUGAACCUUUGUUGAAGUAAAAGGUUAUGUCCUGUUUGUCCCCCAUUUCUGUCCUUGUUGUGUCUGAUACCUCAGAUCGAGGAGAGGAGGGCUCUGGCAGGAGGCUCCAACGACACAAGCUGUGUGUUCCUGGUCAACCGUCCGUACGCCCUCAUCUGCUCUGCUGUGGCCUUCUACGUACCGUUAGCUCUGAUGGUCCUGGCCUACCAGAGAAUCUACGUCACUGCCAUGACCCACGUUCGGCAGAUCGAGACACUCCAGCGGGCCGGCUCUGCUCCUGUUCCUGGGACAGUUCCAGCCAUCACAGUGAGGUCCUCCACUUCUUCAGAUCCGAUGGAGCACUACCGCUGUAGGACACCAAUGGGCUCCUCCCAUUCAGAGCACGCUCCCAUGGCGAAUAGCCGCAUGCGUGUCGAGACGAAGGCAGCAAAGACGCUGGCUGUAAUAAUGGGCUGUUUCUGCCUUUGCUGGGCACCAUUCUUCAUCACUAACGUGGUGGACCCUUUCAUCCAUUACUCAGUGCCCUGGCAGCUCUGGACAGCCUGGCUUUGGCUGGGGUACAUUAACUCAGGUUUGAACCCUUUCCUGUACGCCUUUUUGAACCGGGCGUUUCGGAGGGCGUUUCUGGUGAUUCUUUGCUGUGGUGAUGAGCGGUAUUCAAGGCAAGCGAGCUGCUCGUACGGACACUCCAACAGAGCGUGCUCAGCUGCAUCAGUCAAUGGCACAUCUAUGGCAUUGAGGUAUGUACACAAUAAAACACACUUUGUUGGUCUUUAUUGAAAUAAGCAGCUCCUAUUUUGUUCUCUUAUCUGAGUGAGUGACUUCCCUCACCAGAGACGGAAAACAUUGAUUGGUUGUGGCAAUUUUAACGACGAGCUUUCUUGACCACAGUGCCUAGGUGGGUAGACCACGUCAGAUCUUCUGUGAUCUGGACACCGAGGUAUGUGAUCUAAAUACCUUUUGCCUCAUCGGCCUUAGAUGAUCAAUUAGAAAAGACAGAAUACCAUAGUGCAACCUUGGUCCUUACUUUUUCAAGAUCAUGUCACAACCUGAAGUUCAUCUGCCGUGGCCUCUCUAGUAAAGAAUGCUGAAAACUGGAGCAGACUCUUCAGAUUAAAUAUUUCAUGAAAAUGUAGAAGGUUUGCCUGUACUCAGCUUUAUAUAGAAAAAGAGUUAAUAGUUGAAUGAGUUUGUAAUUAGAUUAGAUAAUGAUAAAAAAAUAAAGAUUACUGCCGAUGUCAAAGGAUCUAAACUGUCUCUUCACCUUUAAAUCAGUUUCUAUCAAAAACGGUGAUCUGAGUUAAUUUCUUGUUUAAAUUAAUUUAAUUCAUAAACAGUAAAAAAAUAUAUAUUUAUAUGUAGGCUUUUGUUAUUUUGAUAAAAUUAACCAUACAGAAGGGGCAGCAGUCAUUUUAUAAAGAAGUCUUUGUUUUUUAGAUAGUCUUGGAUGUUUAUACAAAUCCACUGAGUCAGGUACAGAGGGAGUUAUCACAGCAUCCAUUUAAUAGAUUUCCAAAUAUUUUAUUCCCCCACCCCUGAUAUUUAUGUCUCGAUGCUGAAUAACCUUCGUGCUCACCUGACCCCUCCAGUAUUUGUACAGUACUUGACCUAUAAUAGCUUUAUCAGUUGCAUAAAUAUUGACAGUCCCGUUAGCGUAACAAAAGCUGUCCCAGAGUCUAUGCUAAUAAAGUAAUCUUAACUUGAUUAUUGACUAAGCUAACAUGGCGCCCUUGUUAAAACAAUGAUUUACCUGAUAGUUAUUACCAAAGUAAAGAAGCUGGCCAAUUUGUCCCCCUGCCCCACUUUCUGUUUCCAUUGUUUCUCCCAGCUCCAUCACUUUUAGUUUUGUCGUUUCUACUGUGAUGACAGUCCUUAUUGCUCAGUGCACAAAGAGAAAAAAAAUGGCUUCCUCAAGUAACAGUCUUAUCAAGCAGUUCAAAAGUCACUCUUUAAGAAUUGAAUUUUGCAAUCAUUUCUAAUAUUUUAUGAGCCCUUGCUUAGUUUUCUUCGUAAAAGGAUGACUGGUGCUUCUUUUUACUGCAGUUUUCCUGAUUGUAAACUUUAUUGCUUAAGUACUUAAUGUUCUCAUAAAGUCUUCAAUAAAAAGUGACUCUACUCUUACAAAAUGUUUAUUGGCUUGACGGUAAAGCUAAUGUCCUAUUUUAGAUAUGAGUCAUCAAACGUCAUAUUUCCUCGAAGCGUAGAGCGUGUUGUUGAGGCCAGGUGUCCCCAAAGGUGCAGAUUUGUGGUUUUUAUGGAUUUGAGUCUUAAAAACUGUUGAGAAGAUGUGAUCAUGAUACUUCUGCAACUUUACGGCAGGACUGUUGAAGUCACUGACUGAGAUUUAGUGGACAUCUGUGUUUGUGCUCUCACAUCGGUGGGAAUGAUGGAGGAGGUGAUCUGCUUGUGUCCGCUCUGUUGAACUUAAACACAAGUGCCUCACUGACGCAGAGUCCAUUGCAUAGAUAUUGAACACACACACACCAACCGGACACAAAAGUCUGCAAUGACUUGGUGAAAAAGGGUCACCUCAAAACUCUUCUGCUGCCAGUUUUGUUAUUAUUUUUAAAUGUGCGUACAGUCUGUGCGAUCGUAGUCUCUGCGUGCAAUCUUUCCGGCUUUCCUUCUGUGUGUACAGGAAACAGAGACAAGCAGAGUUAAGUCCAAUCUGAUGUCCUCUCUUAAAACCUGUCCUGGACAGAAAACAGACUCAGACCAUCUGAUAAGAGCCAGCCUGCAGAAUAGCAGAAAAUGAAACUACUGGAGGAGGUUGAAGUUUCUUUGGGCAGUUAAGAGAUGGAUAAUGUGUGUGUGUUGUGUUUACCUGUGUUGUUGUGAUAUGAAGCCCUAGAGUAGUUCCUCACAACAUUCUCACAUGCAUGUGCUCACACAUCUUUAUCCACCGGUUGCUUCACUUGUCUGUCAUCUCUGUGUUUUGACUCUUGUUCUUUUACAAAACCUGCAUCAAUCUGAUCUUUCGUCACCGUGAAAAUCCUGAGGCUGUUUUCCGAAUGAUCCUCACAAUGCACACUCACACAGACACACAAAACCCCUCCGAAUGUAAACACUCACAGCUUUACCAGUGGAUAGUAGACACUAGUUUGUGAUUGUAGUCAUAACAAAGACCCUGUGUUGUAAAUACAGUCUAGGGUCCCUGUUCUUUACAUUCGGAUAUAUUACACAGUGUUUCUGAAUGCACUUGUGUGUGUUUUACCAUACCUACGACAACAACUUGCAAUUCAGUGACUUAAAAAAUUUUAGACUUAAAAAAUGUUAAUUCAGUGGACAGUGCAAUCACAAAAGUUAGAUGAGUGUGCAAAUUGUCAUGUGGAAUGUACACAACAUUCUCAGGUCUCCAUGUUUAGACCGCUCAUAUGCCGUACAGUUAUGGGGAACAAUAGUUUAACACAAACUGGAACUCCUUGGCAUGGAAUGGGAAUCACUGGUCGUCAGUGAGCUGUUUUUGGGGUGACGUUUUCAACAUGCACUUGUGCAAAUUUCACAAUGUGUAAUAGUGUUAUACAAACAAUAUCCAAAAUGAAAAUAAACGCUGUGCAGAGAGUAUUUGGAUUUUAGAUUUACAAGUCAAGAUGAUAAAGUACAUCUCAUUUGUUUGAUUCCGAACUCUAGGUAUUGGGGAGUAGAAUUAAAACCUGUGUUGACCAUAAACUGUAUAUACUAUGGACAACUUGGCUCCACCUUCUGCCGUUAUAAGAACUUGAAGCCGAAUUGCUCUCAGUAAUUCCAGGAUUUUCUCCACUUUCUUGAACCACCACUGGCAGAGAGUCGCCAAGAGUCGCUGCGGCUCAAACAGCGUGACCCCGGGUGAGCUACAUGAACUUUGUACAUCCAUAGGCUGUAUCAAGUGUCAAUCAUAGAAAACAUGAACCCCCUAAUAACUUUUAAGAAUGGUGCUGCACAGAAAAAAGAGGACUUGAGCACAAACCAGUCUGACAAUAACUGCAUGUCAACAUCGCAACCGAGGGGAGUAAAAUUUAUAUUCUGUGGAAUUAAUUUCUAAAGUUUGUCCACAACUCCAUUGGGAUUGCUGAGGCGGGAAUAAUGACCUAUACUGCAGCCUGUCAACAGAGGGUGCUAUUCUUGCGGUGGUUUCACCCAGUGAGGAGGCAGAUGUGUGAAUUAUGUACACAGUUUAUGGUUUUGAAAUGCAAAAUAAUGGGAUUUGAAAUGUGAUUUCAACAAAACUAUUUGAUUCCGAUUUACUUAUGAAGUUUAAAAAUUGAUAGACUUAAAAUUGCAUUGUUUGACAGCCUGAUUCAUAAUUAUUUCUGUGUUUUUGUUCUAUGCAAGACACACUUUUGCAUCUUAACAUGAGAAGAAUUUAAUUUAAUGAGAAAAGCAGCUCUCAUUUAAUGUCUCUUGAGCUCUGGUCCUUGUUUCAGUGUUAACUUGAAGUAUCAGACUAAAAGCAGCCGGUGAAUACUGUGAGCAGCACGAAAUACUCAGCUGCUGGUUACAUGCUGGGGCUGUCAAUGCUACAUGCUGCUUUUUCUAUGGUUGGAAAUUUUUGAAUUUGAAUCCAACUGUCCUGGUCCUCUGUCGGCUCUAUCAUCCUCCCUCCCUCAGAGCAGCUGACAUCAGUACUUAAACAGUGUGGGCUGAAUGUGUGAGCUCCAACUCAAAAAUAAAAGAACGAGAGUUAAAGGUGUAAGAAAAGACGCUGCUGAGACUUCGAAUGACAAUUUACCUGCCUAGUCUUUAUAGAAAUCUAUAUAAUAUAAAAUUAAACAUGUUCAGGAAGCCAGAGUACUGCUCUGAAUCCUCCAUCGCAGUAAGUGCUUGGUGACUGAUGGGAUAGAUAACAAGCUACUACUCAAAAUGUCCAGCUCUUCCUGUGAUAAUAAAUCAAGCUUACAGCGAUCUGUCCUAAAUUCACCUCAAUCUUACUUAGAUCCCAGGUUCUGUUGAAUAUCAAAAUACAGCCGAGCAGCCACCAGUCAGCUAUCAGCUUGUAAAGUCAAUGUGACCAUUAUAAAUCCAGCUGUGUUUCCAAAGCAAAGUAUAGCUGUUUGGAAACUUAACUACAUUUAGGAGGAGUUUGUGUGGGAAUUAGAGCAUUUGGGACUUUUUGGCUUCUUCUCAAUCAAUGCUCCCUUUUAUUAACAAAUGGUUUUUUUUUAUCUAUUUUGACGGUAAAUGAAUCCCAAGGGUGAUGUCUCCAUACGUCUGUGGGCAAAUCUAGAGGAAGCCAAAAACCAUCACCCUGACAUCCUCAUAAUCUCAGCUCGGGGCGAUCUCUAAACUACAGCCUAGAUGUCACCAGACUUCACUGUGCACGUUUUCUGGAAUACAUGCAGAAACAGACUGACACUCACACACAUGAGGGGAUAUUUUUUCAAUAAUCCAUUCAUUAAAAAUUUAUCUUGGUGCCACUGACCACGGUGCUCACAUUGUGCGGCUUAAAUAGAAAUAUGUGGUUAGACACCCCUGAUUCACUCUGCACAGUAUAGGGCUGUCACAAUAUCAGAGUUUUCCCUCACAAUGGUCAUAAUGGCCAAAAAUAUGAGGAUCACUGUAUUAUCACGAUAUUCAUGUCAAAGUUAUAAUUCAAAACAACACAGUUCAAUCAGAAAAGACAAGAAAAGGGCGGAGCAACAGUCCUGUAUAGUCCUAUAAAUAAACACAGACAACUUAAAUGUCAUCAUCCGUUUCUGAUUUUGUUCAGAUUCCUGAUUCAUCCACAUCACUGUCUGUGUAACUGAAGCUUCUUUAGAGAAGACAUUACCUCAUAUAACGAUUGUUAUCUCUUACAUUUUAAAACUCUGCUUUUAUUUUGACAGGUAGGAAACUUCUUUUAAUUGAGUUUCCAAGAACUUUCAGGAAGGAUAGUCAGUAACUCAUUCAGACUCAAGCUCUAAAAAUCAUGACAUAUCAGAUUUUCAAAGUGCUGAAUCAUCUCUUGAAACUGUUCAAAGUCUGCCACCAGCAUCAAUAUCCACCUCUAUGAACUCACGUUUGCUUAUUUUGAACACAGUCUCCAUAAUGAAGGGAUUAAUUAAGACAGUAACCAUCAAUACUGGUAUAUUAUGACAGCUGUGCUCACAGGUGAAGGUGUGUGACGAUCUGAAUGAGGAGCAGGUCAUCAGUAAAGAAGAGCACACUUUGACAGAGUUUACAGGGACAGGCUGAAGGAGUGUAAACACUCCAGUCUGUGAUUUAUUAUGAGACUUUGGGGAUUUAUUAAUGUUUGAUUGAACUCUCAAAUCCUCCAGCUGCUCCUUUCGGCAUCUGACAGUUUUCUUUGUUAUUUUUUUACCAGGAGAUUUGAGGUGUCUAUUUCUCAUGUUUACCGAGCAUUUCAGUGAAAUUUCUCUUUUUGCGUAUUUGUUCACCUAUUUUAUUUUCACUCCAUCUUAUGAUCAUUUUUACUUAAUCACUUUUUUUUCUUUAAUUUCAGCAAUUUUUCCAACAUAAUUGCCUCGAGUAAAAAAUAAAUAGUCGGAGAAAACAGGAGCAGCAGAAAGCUUUGAGCUUUUAAAAGCUGAAGUGGCUCACCAGGGUGUUCCUGCGUUUAUCUCUACCUCAAAUGAAACAAGAUUCAUUAUCUUGAUUUAUUGACUGAAGAAAAUAAAAGAGACAUGAUUGAAAGUUGGACUAUUACAUUUGAAAAAUAAUUGCUUCAUUUGCAACCUAGAAAUGUUCUUCCUGUGAUACCACCAAGUCAGGGAGGAGGAGCACAUUGAAUGCUGUGUGAUGAUGAGUAAGGGUGCGAUCACACCUGCAAACACUCCAAACUAUUCUGGAAAUGCCAGUUGUGUUGUGUUUGGCAGAGUGUGAAGUUAUUAGCAAAAAUCAUAUGACUCAGGAGGAGUUUAUUUACUGGGCUGAGUUUUAGUAACCUGUCCCUCUGCCAUGUUGGACAUUUUAGCGAUGAAUGAGCACAAACAAACAUGAUGACUCAAUUUAUUUCUGUUUAAUUUUGUGGCUUGAGCACCUGCUGCUGAUCUGUUGUAGGGAUCUGUCUUUUGCUGCAGGCAAACUGAGUCUAAGUUGUAAUACAGAAAUCCUCUGUUAGUGUUUAGCUGCUGACCCGGUUUUAGCUUCAGGUGAAUCACAUACUGUACAUUUCUUUGUCUGCUCAAGAUGGACAGAAGUAAAGGGACUUAAGUCUGAUUCAGACGAUAUAACGGCUCAGUUUAAAUCUGACAUAAACUCUGGCAGUCAGCAUGUGCAGAGCUGAUAUUACGCUGGAGAUGAGGUUCGGGCAUUCUUAGGAUUUGUUUGUUCAUUUUUGUCAUUUUUCUGAUCUUGUGCUUUCACUUUAGACUGUCUGCAGAGAAAAUGUUCCUCAGUGGAGGGAUAAAGAUGUAAGCCACUUCAGUUCAGGUCACUUUGUUAAAUUGUUUUCUGUUUGGACUGUAUGUUCUCAGUUAAGGCCUCAGCAUGCCAAACAUUAAAUAUGUCUUUGCUGCCCCUCACUGCUGGGUGAACUGUAGGGUUCAAGUGUGUUACAGUCUGAAAAACAGCGAGAAAGAAAUAGUUCUGUUGCACUGCAGAUAAAAAAAUAUAACAUUCAGAUACUAUGUAGAGAAAGGAUAAAAGAUAGACGGUUAGGAGACACUGACAAAGAGAUUGUCCUGCGGUGUGAGGUAUGAGAGGAGAGACUUAAACUCCUGCGAUUGGCACAGAAGACCACCAGGGCCGCACCGAUUUGGAGUCACAGCUUGAAGUGUGACGUUUGUUGGAUGUUUAAAGAAAGGACUUCGAUGGCAAUAACAGGACAUGUCUCUGGUAUACAUACCACAAUCAAAUUGACAAUAGCUGAACAGAAACUUUCACAGCUGUUUACUGGGUAGCUAAGGAGCCAGCAGUGUUUACUUAGACAACCAUCUUAUCGUGCGUCAUGUUUGUGUACUCUAAAGGCAUGUUUGACUGUAAGACAUUGAGAAGAUGUUCAGUUGUUGGGAUUUCAGGACUCUGGUUGCUGGAGAAUCUGUUGCUCAGGACAUGCAUGUUUCUAAAAAAAAAACUGAUUUAUUGCCAAAGUGCGACUGAAAUUUUAUUUUAAUUUCCCAGUUUGGGAUCAAUAAAGGCUAUCUAUCUAUCUAACUAGACUUCUAAACAAACUUUUCAGUCAGACUAACAUACUUGGGUACUAGGAUUCUCUGUUUGUCUGUUCUUAGUUGGACUGAAACUGGCCAAAGCGUUCUGCACAUGCUCCAGCGAUUGCACGCAAUAAGGAAGUUGAAUAGCGUGAACAUGGUACGAGGAAGGCGAGUAAACAAAACCUUGACAGAAGGAGAAAGGAUGUAAAAAAAAAAGACAAAAACUUCCUUCUGUAUAAACAGACUGAACAGAGCUGUAGAGGUGACCGCAUAUUCAUCGUUCAGUGUGCAUCCUGUUAGCUAGCCCGUUUGGCUACUGUUUUGAUACGUAAAACCAGAUGGUGACGAGCUGAUAGGGGGCAUGCCGCCACCUACUGGUGCGGAGGUGGACAUGUGUUGCCUGCCUGUUGCUUGUAAACUGGGAAAAGAACAGUAGUCCAGUUAAGAGUGUAGUGUAUAGCUUGACUUAACUGCAUUGAAACACACUGAGAGGUGUUGUGUGUUGUCUAUCUCAUUGCAGUCCACUCUCUAUAAGCACAAAUCUCCUAAAUCUGUUAUCCUUUUACAUCAUGAGCUGGGCCACGUGUUGAAAUCUGGUAAAGUCUUAAAAAUCCUUUUAUAUUAGACAGACUGUGGUCAAUCCAGUGACCACAGUCAAUCCUGACUCCCUCUACUUUCCAUAUUCAGGGGAUUGGGAAUAUGGUAGCAUGUAGCUCAAAGCUAAAAGCCACCAAGUGUCCAACAAACUCACAGAGCCCCCACUUCCCUGGAGAAUAAGUCUUGGUCUUUGUCCAAAACUUAGUACUGUAUGAGUAAAUCAUUCGAGUAAUGGAUUACAUUAUUUCCAUAUACUUGUACUGUAUGUAAACACUGUAUAUCUUUGGGGCGAUGACUGUUGAAUGGACCUGUUGAUUUUAAAGGAUUCAGAAGCCCCAUGCAUGAAGGGAGACUGUUUUCAUCAGAUGACCUGCUUUACUGCUGGUGAGCUUUUUGAAGAGUUUCUGAUAAAAGCAGCUGCUUAUAAAGUAAUCAUCAGACCAACAGUAACCUAAACACGAGGCGAGAGCAUGGAGGACUUGAUGGAGUGAGGCUGAGGCCACUGAAGUCAAACUAGGUCAACGUGUGUCUGACUUCUUUCCUGACUCUUUCUCAUAAUCAGCAGAGACACUUGAUACUUCUGAGUUUCAUGUGGGUGUUUUAUUAUUCAAGAAAAAAAGGAAACGGUUGAGUCUAAGCAGAGCUUUUUACUCCGUCACUUAUUCACACAGCUCAGUUUUGCCUCAGCACUCGACUGUUCGCGACUGACCCGCUCCUCUCUGUGGUCAUGCAUUCUGAAAAAAAUCAAUGUAUUCACGGAGGAGAAGAAAAACACUCAUCAUUUACUUUCACACCACAUUCUCACCUACUUUUCUGCACCCUUCUUUGGACUCUGAGCCAUCCAACUGACCGGACAUUUAAAAAGUUUUCGCAGAAAUUGUUUUGCCUUCAGUGUUUUUCUGCUAUUUGUUCCCUUAGCAACAGCAAGCAGGCAGGUAGGAGAAAAUAAUGAGUGAGUCAUCAAAAUAGGUCACAGACUGAUUUCCCUACGAUGCACUUGAACGAUACAACAGGAUUACAUGUGGUGGGCUUUCACUCCAAAAGAAUAUAGAACACAUGAACAAGACUAUAAACAAAUCCUGAGAGCUUUUCAACCGGUCAGAGCAGGUAAUAUGAAUGUGUCAAGAUGGAGUUUUUCAUAUUAUAUUUAGAAAUUAUGUCAGAAUUUUAUCAAAAAUGUUAACUUUUCAUUUUCACUUAAAUUCUUUAGAUAUAGGUGACAAAAUUAGAAAUGCACAUAAAGAUAUGUUGAGAUUAUAUUAUAUGUUUUUUAACCUUUUUUUGACAAAUUAAUAUGGGAGCCCAUCCAGAAACCUAGAAAAAACAAACCUGGAUAGAUUCAAGUUUUAAUUCUCUACCUAAAAUAAAAGACGGUACUCUAUCUUAGAGGGGAUGAUGACAGAUGAGCCUGAAAGGAGGUGUGUCAUUGUGUGUCAGAUCAUCUUGAAUCUGUCAGGACUGAUGCUCUUUAGCUGCUGCUUGAAUGGAUUUUGACUGAAGACGGUUUUAACUGCUCCGGUUUUUGCCAAAAGACUGAAUCUGAGUCGAUGUAUUCUUCAGACUUAACCUAUGGUGACUGGCUGGGUUGUGUGUGUGUGUAUUUUAAGGAAGACUGUGUGUGUUUGAUUGACAGAAAUGUAGUUAGUUUUUGUCUAAGGUGUGAAAUAGUUAAACAAACUUGUCCAUGUGUCUUAAGGCUCUCGGAGAUGUGUUUAACAUUUCUGAUACAGCCAGAUAAAAGCCAGAGCUAGAAACAGUGGUCACUGAUUUAUAUUUUAACUGAAUAACAAAAUUGUCAAGCACCAAUGCAAUAUAGCUACUGGAGGGUAAAUCCAUUUAAAACACACAACACUUGCAGAAAAUGCACAAACAUGAACAAAAUGAGUUCUGUGGACAUGCACCGAAUGGAAACAUGCGAAAGAGUGAGUGCUGCAUACAGACAGGUGUCCAGAGCAGUUGUGGAUGUGGUGCCUUGCUCAAGGGCACCUCAGAAGCACCUUAAAAAAUGAGGAGCAGGGAGCAGAGAGUUCAUGCAGCAAAGUGCUGAAGGUUGCAGCCAAACCCAGUCCGCCUACUUCAGGGACUUUAGCCUCAGUACACCGGGCAGGAUUUAACCACCAAGACAACUGGCUCCACUAAUGAUGACCGUAGGCAGAGAAUAUCGACUUCAAUUCAGUAAUAAUGGUGCUACAUGCAAAUAAAGGCAAAUGAGCUCUGUUUUGUUUUAAUCCACCCACAUAAACACUCACAAAUAUACAAAUGCAAAGUCUGGAAUAGAAGCAGCGUCUUACUAUCUGGUAGUUUAUCUCGGAGCAGGAAGUGGCCUAAUUAAAAAUCAGUAAAAUUUAACCAUUUUCAUUCUUGGUUUAGAGGCAGGAGGUGAUUUUUUCUUAAAUCAGUUGUUAGCUAUACAGUUUAAGCUGAUAAGACACUCCGAGACAUAUGGACAAAAUGUCAAAUUUAAACAAUUUCUCAGUUUUGUUCUCAAAAUGAUGAUUUGAAUGGUGGUGGACCUCUAUUUAUGAUCAAAUAUGACGUUUAAAAUCAAGUAGAGUGUGUUGCUAGUAAAAAUGACAUUUUGAAAGGUCUGUGCUAAAUUUUUGUUCCUCUAAAACCUGCUGGGACAUGAUUUAAGGUCAUUCCUUGAAAGGACAUUGUGAUUAAAAAUGGCUUCUUCUGCAAAACCAAACAUGAAACACUGAGGAUUUUCUGCCCUAGAAACCCAGAUCAAACUCAAAAAGGGCUGCAGUCUGGAUUUAUUCUGAAGAACGGUUAGUGUCUCAGUCAGUCACUGUCACGAUUGUAUUUCUUAAAGGAAACAACAACAUGCAGAUGCAGCGAUCACAAAAUAUAGACUUCAACAUUUAGCGUGCAUAUUUCGGCUCCCCACUCUUUUCUGCAUACCUGUCAAAGUAUCCUGUUUACGCUGCAAAACUAUUUUAUUUUACCCCUCUUUUCUUUCCCGCCGUCUUCCUGUAUUAGUAUUGUCCUGUAAAUCUCCUGUAUUAUAAAAUAUGUUUAAAAAAAAAACAUUAUUCUGCCCCUCCAAACUGAACUCUAUCACGAGCGUGCGUUAAGUACCCACCAACUAGUCAGCUUUCUCGAUGAAUUUGUGACCAGCCCUUCUUAAGAGAAAAUUAACAAAUGUACAAGAGCUGAUUAGUUUAUCAUUGCUACGUUUUAUACAAGGACAUCAUAAAACAGUGUCGUAAUAGUCCAGUAUUUUACUUUGUUGCCUGUCUUGUAUGUAAAUUAGGUGUGCCAUCUCAUGCUCCUGAUUGGCUGCUCUGGUAGCCACCUGGGGGCUCGUUCUCAUAGUCCUUUUUCCUCGCUUUUCACUCGUAGGUUUUUUUGUGUUGUGGUAUUUCUUGGUUGGCAGUUUUUUCUUGGUGUGUGAGGAGGUACUUGUUGUCUGUCACUAAUGCUUAGACAUUAAGUUUAAUGGGCUUGAAAAAUGUAGGCAAAUAAACAUAAAACAAUAAAAAAUACCAAUGAUAAAACCAUUAUUACUGUCUCUUUAUGUUUGUUGGUUGAGUGAAUGUUAUAGUACUGUGGAAAUGCUUAGUUGGACCAGAGUUUUUGACCAUAAAGGUACUUUAUAUUUAUAAACUAAUGCUCUGUUGUCUCGCCUCAGGAAGACAGACGAGGAUCUUCAUUUUGGAAUGACUGGAGGUUAAGGAAAGACGCGUCUGCUUGAGAAAUUAGGCUGGCCGGGAUACGAGCAGCAGAUAUCUUAUGCAUGUACCAGCAGGAGAAAAAGUUAUUUGAAGGGGGUUUGACAUUGUUUACAGUGGUGUUUCAUCAAGUAGAAGCUACAUUCAGGACCUCAAGAGUUAAAAGUAUUCUUGCCCCAGUGUCCUAAAACAUAUCCACAUAAUAAAACAGCAUUGUCAAAACAAGAACAGCACACAUUUCUGGAGUAUAUAAGCAGUCGAAAACCUUCAAAUGUUGUGGUGGUAAAGAGUCGAUAAGUCAUAGUAAAAUGUUUGUGCCAGUUGUGUCUUGGGAAGAUCCUUGCUGUGGUUGUAAGAUUUACUGUCAGAACAGCUCAGGUGAUCCUGAACUGUAAAAGCCAAAUCCUGACUUACUGGAUUUCAGGUCUAAAGAUGAAUCAUUUGACUCCCAGUAGAUCUGUCCAGCAUGUUUGUUGUUUUGGACAUAAAUUAGCCUCACUGGCUCAGAUAGGGGUACAGAAUAAAGUCAGGCAGCCACCGAAUAUCCCUCGAGCUGUCUGAGUUGGACUCCAGUCUGUUUUUUUAUGUGUUCUUGGACACAUACAGAAGAAAAGUUUACCCGUUUGUUCAGCCGUCAAAGUAAUAUCAAGAAUACACAUUUGGAAUUAAUGAUUCAAAACAUGGUUGAGAUUUUUUUUAACCUGGUGAUCUGUGAGCUACGCUAACGCCAACUCGACAUCCUCAGUGUUCCUGUGAGAAAGCCCACUAAUCCCCCCAUCCGGGCCUCUUCUCUCACCACUUCAGCCCUUUAAGCGAGGAGAUGAGAGCGAAAUUUGAUUAUUUAACGUCUCUGAAAGAUAUUAGUGCAGAAUGAAAGGAACACAAACUGCUCCUCUAUCUCCUGCUGAUCUCUCUUUAGGUCACAUAACAGAUCAGAUGAUGUUUUCACAGGAGUGACAUGAUGUCUGUAGUACAGGACGGAGAUGAUGUUUGGGCGAUUGAGGUGGAGACAGGAAUUUGGAGUGGUUCACAAAACAGAAAGACAGGGUGCACGGAAGGCAACUUCUCAUAGACUUAGACGGUAACAAGGAGACUGUUUUAUCCCCCCAGCAGACAUGCAAGCACACCAUGUGGAAAAAGGCAAUAAUUCUAUAACUCACACUGGUGUUAUUUACAAGCAUGACAUUUAUAUCCUCUGAAUUAAUUCAAUAAUGAUAGUAAUCCUGUAAAACUUUAACUCCAUUUUGAUACACAAAAACAUCAAAUCAAAAUAUAGUCCUCUUCAUGCUGAGUUUCAGCUUCUCCCAUCUAAGAGAAAGUACACUUUCACUUGCAAGACCAAAUCAAAUCGGUUCCUUAAAUCCUUUGUCCCAACAGCCAUUGGUUUUUUAAACAAGCUGUAGGCAGGCGUGAUGGAAAUGAUGCACCCUUAGUUUGUGCUGACUCUGUGUAUUUAUAUAUUUAUUGUAUUUGUGUGUGGUAUUGGAUGUAUGCAUUUCUGGAAUGUGAGGUAUUGUAAGAAUGUGUGUUUUAACUUCUGUUGCAAACAGAAUUGCCCUUAGGGGACAAUAAAGAUUUUCAAAUCAAAUCAAAUCAAACAUCAAAUCAAAAUAAAGUAAGUCAUGAUUGUUGUCCAACUAGUUAUAGCAAAUUUAGUCAUUAUUUCCUGUGUUCGUUAUUAACUGUUUUUUUAUUUUUUUUAUCUUGCCCCCAAAUCAGAGCAAAAAUGAUGUUUUGACGUGAGAGUGUAUCUCAAGAGCUCUCUUCGUAACAUUAUACAUCGAUUCUCUACAUUAAUCCACAAGUGAGUUUGCACUUGGCAAUAACAGCAAGAAAAUUCAUUUGGUCUUCCUCCGCUGGACUCUCCAGCCAAGUAUCCGGCUCAUGAUCCUUCAUGCUCCUUUCUCAUUCACCAGUACUCUAAGCACCAGCAUCUCUCUUGGGAUCAUCCACACAAUAAUCCACUGAUAGUCCUUACAGUUGUUGCCUCUGUGUUGGCUCCCACAGCAUCAGUUUACUGGCUGGGACCUUUGGCAAUGGCUACAAGCCUCCUUCUUCUGGAUGCUAUUUACCCACUCACAUCUGGUGACCCCUCAUAUCUCUCUUUAUCCAGUUUAGUGUUAUGUCUGAAACAUCUUGAUGUGAUCUGGUUCUGUUCGAGGUUUCUGCCUGUUAAAGGAAUUUCUUCCUCUCCUCUGUAACUGGAUAAAUGCUGCAAACUGUGUCAUUCAUGGGGUUGAAGAUGGGAUGGAAGUGGGUCUGAUCUCAAAACACGUGUCUUUUCACGUCUGCUUUUUUGUGAAGAGUCUUGAGAUAACACUCGUUGUGAAUUGGCGCUAUAUAAAUAAAGAUUGAUUGAUUGAAACAGAUUGAAACCUCAAGCCCGACUUGACUCAAUGAUUAAAAGACGUGGUCUACUCAUUUAUCAGUUGAGAGCUUGGUUCAUUUCAGUCUUCGUGACUCUGUGUUUGUAAAACAUCCACAUUUUAUCUUAAUAAAUUAAAAAAUAAUUGAGAAAACAAGGCUGUUUCUCAUCAGAAUAAUCAAAAGCCUGGAGCAGUAAAAACUUUGACUCGGCACUGUCUGAGCACAGGAAACGGCCAUCACGAACAAAUGACAGACAAAAACAAACAAAAACAACAACAACUAUUUAAUAUUUAAAAGCCUCGUCUGAAAUGUUCACUAUGAGUUAAAACCUCGCCAAAAGAAUCCUGUUUAAGAAUUCAACUUCCAUGAAUUCCCAUGAUCUUUCCCUGAGUUUGCAGUUCUUUGAUUUGUAUAUUGAUUUAUGUCUCAAUUUGUCAGACUGGAAUUUAGCCAGUUUCUGGACUGGCUGGAGAAUAUCAGAAAGUCUGGUAGCACCGAAGUCCCAGACGCUUUUAAAAGCAAUAAAUUAAAUUCAUAUGCUGCUUGUGAAUGUAAUUUCACCUUGUUUUCUAAGAGCUGCUGCCUGGGAGGGACUGCCUUAACUGAGGAGGCAAACAAAAUGUAGAUUGUAGAUAUCACUAUAAAAAAACUCCAUCCAAGUUUUAAAAUGUGACUGUAUAGUAUUUAAACAGUUUAUGUCGAUGCCUUACAGCACUUACCUGCUUUUAACCACUGUGAUGGAGGCUUGUGUUCGUCUCGCCACAUUUUGUCACAUUUUGUUCCUGUGGAAAUAACAAUAGUGAGAUGUCUUAAUAGAGCUGGAGCUGGUACUUUAUUUAAAAGUACAAAAGAAGAACAGCAUGAGGUCCUAUUUUUAGCACAGUCAGGCAAACUCACAAUUUAAUCAAGAAGACAGUCAGUUAUUGUACGGGACUGAAAUCUAAUUUCAUGCUGUACAUGGAGGAAGUAAUUUUUUCACUUUUUUCCUAUCUUACUGAGAAGUUAAAUAAGCACAGAUGUCAUACGGGUUGAGUGUAGAGUCAGUGUAAAGUCAGGGGUUAUAUUUGUGUUUUACACGCUAAAUGUUUUAAUGGUGGAAUAGCAGCAGCAAAGACAGCAGGCUAACUUCAUCCUGAGUAAACACCAUAGACUGUAUAUGAAAUGGACCCCGUCUGCCUCCUCGCUGGGUGGAGCCACCGCGAGAACAGCACCCUCUGGUGACGGGCUGCAGUAUAGGUCAUAAAUCCAACCUCUUCCAGCAAUCCCUAUGGAGCUGUGGACGAAUUUUAGAAAUUUAUUUACCAGAAUAUAAUUUUUUCUCCACCCUAGUUGCGAUGUUGACGUGUAGUUAGUGUAAGACUGGCUUGUGCUCAAAUCCUCCAUUUUUAAAAGUUAUUAGGGGGUUCAUGUUUCCUAUGAUUGACACUUGAUACAGCCUAUGGGCGUACGAAGAUUGUGUAGCUCACCCAGGGUAUAAGCUAUUUGUCAUGACACCGACUCUCGGCAACUCUCCCGCCAAAUUCGUACAAUGCUACUGCGCAAUGUUGGUUUCAGGAAGUGGAGAAAAUCCUGGAAAUACUGAGAGCAUUCAGCUUCAAAUUCAUAUAUUGACAUAGGUUGUCCAUAGUAUAUACAGUCUAUGGUAAACAUUAAAUAAGAGCACUCAUAUCAAUGACUGCAGGGCUUGGUUACAUCAAGCAUCGUUCCCUGAAUCCUGUCGAGCGAACGGGCGCUACCGUUCAGCCAAAAAUACAAACGUCUGUAUAGAAAUGUACAACAAAAACACAGACAUUAAAAAAGUUUCCAUGUUGACAUAAAUAGAGUUCAUCAUCUCUGCUUUCUGUACCCAUGCAGUUCAUUUCAGGUUUAGUGGCAGCUCAUGGAAUCAGAUUAGAAACAGGAGCAUAUUUGAUGAUCCCCAUGAGAGACAUUAGUGAAAUGCCACAAGUCAUGUCUUGUUUCUCUCUUUCUGAUCAUGCAGGAGGCUCCACUUACAACCUACAUAUCCUCAAAAAACCUUCCCAAGCCCUCGGUCUAAACAAAAUGCACAUGUAUUGGAAGAAACAAACCCUCUCUUUUUCCCUUUUUUAAGUUCGAGAGCACGAAGGAUCAGAGGAGACGUUGAAAGGAAAGCUCUUCUGGGAGUAAAUCACUAAACUAUUUGUUCUGUGGUUUCCUUAUGUAGCUGAAGUUAUAGUAUUUUAUUUAACUUGUGGGAAAGUUCCAGCUCUCACUGCACUUUCUUGAUAAAUCUGGGAAUGUUCUGCUGUAAGGUUCAAAGCUGUUUUGUGUUUAUAAAACAUGGCAAAUUUAAACUACACUGCCGCACUGAACAUUUAAGGGAAGUUAUGUGCCUUACAUGAGAUUAAUAUAUUUAAUGUGUAUGUGUAAAGUGUCAUAUAUCACCUGAUAUGUGGAGUCAUAACAUCUGCGUAGACUUGGCAGAUAAGAUUUAAAGAUAACAUGUUAAUGUUUCGCUUCUGAACAGACCAUAUAUGUCGAUGCUGUAAAGAGACCUGUGUCACACCUUGACAUGGGUGGAUUUGCAGUGAUCUGUGUAAACAACAUCUUAAUUCAGUGGCACAUAUCUCGUUUGGUCGUUUGUAUAUAUUAAUUCGGACUUGGAGCAGAGUUAUGCAGUCAUGUGAAUCUGAAAGUUGUUAGAAAAUUGGAUUAUGCUGAGUGUAAGCAUGUGUUUGCUUCGGUUAGUGAAUAUAGGCUUAAUUUUGCAUAAGCUCAUCUAAGGUCAAGAAUUCUUGGAAAAACAGGGGAGAACUUUAGCUAUGGGAAAGGCAACGGAUUAAAAAAGAAAUGAUUGUGCGGUGGGGUCUAUUUCAGGAUUUCACCAUGACAAUUCAAUUAAGAUAAACUCAAUAAACUUCUAAUCUUCCUUCAGGCAGAAGAAACAGCUUUUGGCAGAGGCUUCGUGUUGACCUACUGCCUCUGUUUUGGACUACUUCAUUACUUAAGUUCAAGAAUGUGCACCCUGAGAGUUUGCAGUAUGAACCCAGGAUCCUCGGGGUGUAAACAUGCCAUUACAUUUCCUCCACAGAGUGUAUUUUUUAUGCUCAUAUUUUAUCCGUAGGAAAUUGUUCAGUUUGUUUGCAGGUUUAUAACCUCAGACCCUGUUUUCUGAGUUAUUUUUGUAAUACUAGAGUAUGUUUCCCUUCGGUAUAGAGUCCCGAUGUCUUACUUGCUGCAUGUGGGAAUCCCAUCUAUGGCAGUGUGACAGUCAGACGGAGAGACCGACAGACUAGCAGACAGCGUUGUGUUUGGACGGUAAACAGACAAGCUGAACAGAAAAAAAACACACAAAAACAAAAAAGCAGGAGUCGGAGAACAUUUUUGUUUAUGUAUCCCUGUCACCUCCUGACCCUGGACAUGCCUCUGCAUGUGACCGCGUGUGUGAGUGUGUUAUUGUGUGUGACUUUUGUCAUUGUAGUAAAAAGAGUUGCACAACCAAACUCUUGUUGGAUUGAGUUUCUCAUUUUCUGUUGCUAUGUCUUAUUCUUGAGGGGUUUUUUUUAGCCAGCUUAAUGACUUAGAUAGAUUUACCUGCUCGUUUUUCCAUUUCAGGAUCAUUAAGAGAGUGAGAGUAAAUCUGAGUUUAUCAGCAGUUUAAGCAAAGACACAAGGAUGGAAAGUCUGGUUACUCUCCUCUCUGCUCUGAUAUAACUGUAGGAGAGUUCACAGUGAGGCUGGAGUCACUGCGAUGCUGUUUUAACAGGAAUACAGGGUUAUGCUGCUUCAUUUCCUGUGAACAUCUUGUGCAUAUAGGAGGGCAACUGAAAUCCAGCAUAGGAACGCCAGACACUGCAGACUCUAAAUUUAGGGUCUCCCAUCAAAAGAUGAACAUGGAUUGAAAAGGUUUGAAUGAUGCAGGAAUUAGGCGUUGUGAAAUUAAUCUACAACAUCCUCUCUCUCUUUUCCAGAUUGUCCUUCCUGCCAAACCGCAGUUACAGCGACAACGGCCGAACGAUAUUAGCUAACGAACAGGAGUCCCAGGACUCUCUUGGACCACUAUGAGGCUGACUGGAUGGAUUUGUGAAGUCAUCAGCUGCUACGGGAGAUCUUUUUGAUCCCAACAGUCGAGCAGAAAGUCCACUGGAACUCUUGAUGAUACUAAAGAGACAAACUGAUUUCUGCUGAUGCGGAUUGACUGUACUGGUUAAGAAGCACAUCUGUUCAUGGACUAAAGCACACUGCCAGUGUCCCGUUUGACCUGAUCCUCUCAGUGGAUCAGGUCAAGGAAGCAUUCCUGUGCCACAGAUUUGACUAAAUAACAGAAGACUACAAGCAGGAGUGGCGUUGUGUCUUGAAACGUUUGAUUGUGACUUUAAAUUCUUGGCACUUUGUUGUAAUAAAAAAAAAAGACUGAAGAUAUUUCAGAGCUUAUUUCUAGCUGUGCACACAGCUGACUACAGACAUACUGAAUAAGAGUUCAGUAUAUUUUGCAAAUUUGGUAACACUUUCUUUUACGGUACACUUAUUACCAGGUAAUUAACAGGUAAUUACCUAGAAAUUAUCUGGUAAUUACAUAAUAACUACUAAGUCAAUACUGUUUAGCUACCAGGUAGGUAACCUUCCAUUAUCAUACAAAUUUGAAGCUGAAUUGCUCUGGUAUUUCCAGGAUUUUCUCAGCUUCCUGGAACCACCACUUGCGCAGUAACAUUGUACGCAUUCAGCGGGUGAGUCGCUGUGAUAAUGCUCAGCUCAAACAGCAUAUCGCUACGCAAUCUUCGCACGCCCAUAGGCUGUAACAAGUGUCAAUCAUAGAAAAUAAGAAGCUUUUGAAAAUGGAGCUGCACAGAAAAAAAGAAAAACUAGACAGUAUUGACUUAGUAGUUAUCAUGUAAUUACCAGAUAAUUUCAUGUGACUAGGUAAUUACCUGUUAAUUACCUGUUAAGAAGUGAAUUUUUGUCUUUUACUCGAAUCAAACAGCCUCUGGUACGCUGGAUAUUGAGUCAAAUUUGACCGUUUUGAUUCCUGUUUUGGCUUUAGUUUUAAAACACCAAAUGUUUUUAGGCUGGGGUAUCAGAAGUUGGUCACAGCAUCAUGUAAACUGUUCUGUCAUUGAUCAACAUGAUGAAAAACUUCUACAAAUCUUUCACGGUACAUUAAACAAAUGUUCCCCUCACCCAUCUGAGUUCAAAGUUUUCAGUCUCUUACAUUUUGUCCUGAACAUGAAGUCAUGUUGGUUUUACAGAGCAGCUAUUCAUCACUGCAGCAUGGUGGAGAUACUCAAACCCAUUUAUGGACCUCAGUGCUGUACUACAAUAAACCGCUACUUCUGAUGAAAGAAUUACGUUUUUUUUUAACACUCAUGAUAUCGACAAAAUAAAUACACACAUCAUGAACAAAAACAGUGAAACUUUUUGUCUAUUAAUUUGUCCUUUAAACCACAAAAUUGAAAGCUUAUGAGGAGUUUUUUGAUAUUUAUUAAAUAAAGUGAUAUUCAUUCAUACUGAUGCCUUUUUGUGAUAUCCAAGAGCAAACAAGACCAUCAAGGACAAGACUGGCAUCUCGCCUAACCUCAUUUGAAAGUGGUGCAGCAGGGAAGGUGUCAGCUGAGCAGCUGGAGAGAGAGAGCCCUGUUUUAUAAUUUCCAAAGUACAUUUCAGUGUGUAGGAUUAUUACAGCAAAGCAUGCUUUGUCCACAGGGGGCACCAGAGUUGACACAAAUCAAAAACUCCUCACUGGAGCUUUAAUAUGUUGUCCUUAUACAUUUUAAAGUUUAGGUUGUUGGGACUCUUUCAAUGAUAAGAAGUAAAGUAUACGGUUUAUAUUGUUUGUGUUAACAAAACACAAUUAGCAUUUUUUCCCAGUGUAACAUAAAUAACAUGGAAUAUAAUAUGCCUUCUUUUUAUUUAUUUAUUUUUUUUUUACAUUUAUAGAUUUCAUUGAUCAAAUUAAACAUGGUAAACUCAUUUGUUAUUAGGUGGAUAUUAUAAUCACCCAUAUUAAGAAAUGAAACUGGAGGUCAGAGUUGGGAAGGGACACAGAAUAAGUCCAAGUUAGCCAAAAGCAGCCUUUGAGUGGAGAACCAGAGCUACAGAGCUGGCUAUUUAAUCUGUAGGUUUGUCUGUCUAAUAUGGGUUAACGCUCCCAAAUGCUGUUUUGAUGUUGUUUUGCAUAUCUGCACUGCCUCUGUCUCACUCUCACCAUCACAUUUAAGAGACUGACGGAGGUGUGAAACCAACUCAGCUGCCUCCUUUCUGUCAUCACUGAAAUUUGCAUUAUCAGUUUCAUCUGUUUGAGUUAAAUUAUUAUCUGAAGGUUUGUGUGUUCAGAGCACAACUGAGUCCAGCUUGAAACAUGACAAACAUUAACAAACAUUGUGUUAGUAUUACAGUCUUUGGUUGGUCAACAGUUAGUGUUUCAGCUUCGAUUUCCUGUGAUGGAGGUGAUGAAUAAACAGAAUUUGAAUAUGA